AUGGCUGUGCUUUAUCAGAAGUCUGUCUUGGAUAUGAUCAAAGAGUUUAGACGGAACUGGCACACUCUCGGUACCUCUGAGAGAACUACUGUGUGUGGUGCAGACUCCAUGCUCUUGGCACUGCAGCUUUCCGUGGCAGAGAACAACAAAAAGCACAGUGGAGAAUUUACAGUCUCUCUCAGUGAUGUAUUAUUGACCUGGAAAUAUUUACUACAUGAGAAAUUGAAUUUACCAGUUGAAAAUAUGGAAGUGAUUGACCAUUAUGAAGACAUAAGGAAGACUUACGAUGAUUUCUUGAGGAAUAGUAAUAUGUUAGAUCUGAUUGAUGUUUAUCAAAAAUGUAGGAUUUUGACUUCCAGUUGUGAAAAGAACAACAAGAUAUCCUCUACUCAACUACGGGAUUUUCUGUCAGGCAGACGUUAUGCAGUAGAUGAUGAAACUGAUCUAUAUGUACUGACAUCACCAACGAGUGAACACAACCAGCAUAAUGAAAAGAUGCAAUUACUAGUCAAGAAAAUUAUCUAUUCAUAUUUGAACCUGUUAGUAAAUUCAAACAAUGACCUGGCUUUGGCUCAUAUUCUUAAUGUUCCUGAUAGAGGACUUGGAAGAGAAGCCUUCACAGACCUGAAACAUGCUGCCCAAGAGAAACAGAUGUCUAUCUUUUUGGUGGCCACAUCAUUCAUUCGAACAAUACAGCUUGGCGGGAAAGGAUAUGCACCAUCACCAUCUGAUCCUUUAAGAACACAUGUAAAGGGAUUGUCUAAUUUUAUUAAUUUCAUCGACAAAUUAGGUGAGAUUCUUGGAGAAAUCCCAAAUCCAAGCAUUGCAGGGGGUCGGCUACUCUCAGUGAUAAAGAUGCAGCUAAUAAAAGGCCGGGACAGCAGGGAGCCUUUCUGUAAAGCAGCAGAGGAAGUUGCUCAGGAUUUGGAUUUGAGGAUUAAAAAUAUUACCAAUUCUCAACAAGGAGAUGUAGCUCUUCACACUACUGACAUUAGUCCUGUACGGCCAAAAUCACAUGCCAUAAACCAUGGCACUGCGUACUGUGGCAGAGAUACUGUGAAGACUUUACUUGUUCUUUUGGAUGAAGAAGCUGCUGGUGCUCCUACCAGAAACAAAGCAGAACUUUUAUAUGAUGAUGAAAAUAUAAUUCAUUGUAAUGGGACUUCUAUUCUUACUCUUUUCAGAUCUCCCACACAAGUGAAUAAUUCAUCGAUGAAACCCCUAAGAGAACGUGUCCAGAAGUCAAUACAAGAGAAAAAAAUUAAGGUAAAGCAAACCUUAAUUAGAUCCCAGUUUGCUUGUACUUACAAAGAUGAGUCCGUAAUAAGCAAGGAGAAAUGGCAUAACGUUAAUUCACCAUCAGAGCCUUUGUGUGUUCUUCAUGAGGAAGACAGCCCUUCUGAAGGUGUGAAUUCAUCUGUUGGAAGACCAAAAAUUGGAACAAGUUCUGGAAAUGUUCAUCUGGACAGAAAUGAAGAUAAAAAAAUAUCAAAAAAAUCAAAUAGUCAGACAGGAAAUAACUCAAAAAGGAAACAGGUGGAUUUGGAUGGUGAAAAUAUUCUCUAUGAUAAUAGAAAUGAAUUGCUUCAACAGAAAAAUACUAAAAUACCUAAGAUACCAAAGGACUCACAGAAUAAAUUGGAUGUCAAAGUAGCUAGAAUAGCAAAAGGCAACAAGUGUACCACCAAGGACAAAUUGCUUACUGGGCAGACAAAGUUAACUCAGUUUUUCAGGCUGUGA